AAAGUAGCUUACAUACUUGACAAACCAUUUUUCUGAUUCUGUUAACCGACUGCGCAUGCGCCGCGGCUGUCACGACUCUGCUGCUGCUGCUGCCUGCUGCAGGUGGAAACAUGGCGAUGAAGGCGCUCCGAGGGAUGGUGAGUGAGCUGUCGUCGGCCGUCAGCGGGAGCAGACCGACCGCCACCGCGGCCUCCGCCGCCGCCUCCCGGGAGCAUGUGAUGUCCGUGAGCCGGGAUUACCUCUCCCAGCCCCGCCUCACCUAUAAGACGGUGUCUGGAGUCAACGGGCCGCUGGUGAUUCUGGAUCAGGUGAAGUUUCCGAAGUACGCCGAGAUCGUCCAUCUCACGCUGCCAGACGGGACCCGGAGGAGCGGCCAGGUGCUGGAGGUCAGCGGCUCCAAAGCCGUGGUGCAGGUGUUUGAGGGGACGUCCGGCAUCGAUGCCAAGAAGACCAGCUGUGAGUUCACCGGGGACAUCUUACGGACACCCGUCUCUGAGGACAUGUUGGGCCGUGUGUUUAAUGGCUCUGGUAAACCUAUCGACAGAGGACCAGCAGUCCUGGCUGAAGACUUCCUGGACAUCAUGGGUCAGCCCAUAAACCCUCAGUGUCGUAUCUACCCUGAGGAGAUGAUCCAGACCGGCAUAUCUGCCAUCGAUGGCAUGAACAGCAUCGCCAGGGGGCAGAAAAUCCCCAUCUUCUCUGCUGCAGGGCUGCCGCACAAUGAGAUUGCUGCUCAGAUCUGCCGGCAGGCCGGUUUGGUGAAGAAGUCCAAAGACGUGAUGGACUACAGCGAGGACAACUUCGCCAUCGUGUUUGCAGCCAUGGGGGUGAACAUGGAGACAGCUCGGUUCUUCAAGUCUGACUUUGAGGAGAACGGAUCCAUGGACAACGUCUGUUUGUUCCUGAACCUGGCCAACGACCCCACCAUCGAGCGAAUCAUCACGCCACGUCUAGCUCUGACAUCAGCGGAGUAUUUGGCCUAUCAGUGUGAGAAGCACGUCCUCGUCAUCCUCACCGACAUGAGCUCCUACGCAGAGGCUCUCCGAGAGGUGUCUGCAGCCAGAGAGGAGGUGCCGGGCCGCCGAGGUUUCCCCGGUUACAUGUACACGGAUCUGGCCACCAUCUACGAGAGAGCCGGCAGAGUCGAAGGACGGAACGGCUCCAUCACACAGAUCCCCAUCCUCACCAUGCCCAACGAUGACAUCACUCAUCCUAUUCCUGACCUGACGGGUUACAUCACCGAGGGACAGAUCUACGUGGACCGACAACUCCACAACAGACAGAUCUAUCCUCCGAUCAACGUGCUGCCGUCUCUCUCUCGUCUCAUGAAGUCUGCCAUCGGGGAGGGGAUGACCCGCAGAGACCACUCGGAUGUCUCCAACCAGCUCUACGCGUGCUACGCCAUAGGGAAGGACGUCCAGGCCAUGAAGGCGGUGGUGGGGGAGGAGGCUCUGACAGCUGACGACCUGCUCUAUCUGGAGUUCCUCACCAAGUUUGAAAAGAACUUCAUCGCGCAAGGCGCCUACGAGAACCGCAGUGUGUUUGAGACUCUGGACAUCGGAUGGCAGCUGAUGAGGAUCUUCCCCAAAGAGAUGCUGAAGAGGAUUCCUCAGAGCACCUUGGCUGAGUUUUACCCGCGAGAAGCCAAACGUUAACCAAACACACACUCGCUUUCAGUUUUACCCCGCGAAAAACCAAACAUUAACUGAACAAACUCGCACACUCGUCCCUAGCGGUUGUGCCCCUUCCAUCUGUUCUCUCAGACUACAUUUACAUUGCUACGUUUUGGUUUGAAAUGGAAUAUCUUCUGCUACGUUUCCCCCUCUCAUUCCCCCUGCUCU